AUUAAAAAAAAACUUAAAAAUUGAAAAUUAAGUGGUUAAAUUAAUAAAACAAUAAAUUUAUUAAUUUUGUGAUGAAAUUUAUGUGUAAAUGAUAUAUUGUAAAAUUAAAAAAAGGGUGGUGGGUGGGUUAUUAUAUGUGUAUAUAUUUGUAAGUUAAUUUGUGUUAAUGUACAAGUGUUUUGUGUUUAAAAUGCAACGAAAUAUGAGUAGACUGAGGUUUGAAGCCUCAUCAACUUGAUGAAAAUCAAUUAUCCAAUAUAUUUUAUAACAAAGUUUUGUGUAUGUGUUAAUGUGUAUAUUAUUUUUUUUUUUUUAUUCAACAAAUAACAUACAUAAAUAAUGUAUAUACAAUUAAAUAUCACAUAACAGUAUUAACAUUGUUUAAAUAAUAAUGUCAACAAAAUCUACUAAAAAUAUUUGAGGAAUUUUUUUUUCUAUCAAAAGUGAAGAUUGUUUAAAUAAUUUAAAAACUUUUAAUAACUAUUUUACAAUGUAUUCAACACCACCAAGACAUUCAUCAACUGCUACUGGCAGUGGUGGUAGUGGAAAUACGGGUGGUCUUAAGUUCACGGUUGCUGACACUUGUGAAAGAAUCAAAGAAGAAUUCAAUUUCAUCCAGCAACAGUACCACUCACUUAAACUUGAGUUUGAAAAGUUGGCGAACGAAAAGACUGAGAUGCAGAGGCAUUAUGUCAUGUACUAUGAGAUGUCAUAUGGCUUGAAUGUUGAAAUGCACAAACAGACUGAAAUUGCAAAACGACUAAGUGUGAUAAUAUCCCAGAUGAUACCUUUUUUAUCCCAAGAGCAUCAGCAGCAAGUGGCAAAUGCAGUAGAAAGAGCCAAGCAGCUAACGAUAACAGAUCUCAAUGCCAUUAUUGGGCAACAACAGCAGCAAGGAUUACAACAACUUUUGCAUCAAUUACAUGCAACAACACAAUUGCCACAUAGUGCUGUUGUAGGUGGUCUUCCACCAGCAAGUUUACUUGGUUUUGCUGGUGCAGCAUCAGCUGCUGGAGUACCACCACAUUUAGCACCACCACCACCACAUCCAGCAGCAGUUGUUGCAGCAGUACAAGCACAAACAUUAUUAAAACCAUCAGAUUUACAACAACAACAGCAACAACAACAACAUCGUUCAUCAUCAGUUGCAACACCAGAAGAUCGUAAAUCAAUAACAAUGUCUGAUGAUAGAUUGAGACGUUCAGUAUCACCACAAGAUAAAUUUCGUACACGUACACCUGAUAUUGAACCCGAUACAAAACGACGAAAAGAUGAUAAAUUAGGACAUGAUAGUGAUGGAGAAAAAAGUGAUCAAGAUCUCGUUGUUGAUGUUGCAAAUGAGGAAAUAUCAUCACCUCAUGCAAAUGGUGAUCAUUUGGAUCAUCGUGAAAAUGGUACACUUGAUAAAUUAGUUAAUCAAACAACUGGUUCAACAAUUGUCGGUGGUAUAACAACAACAACAACAUCAACAAUAAUCAAAGAUAGACCACCAUCAAGAAGUGGAAGUUCAUCAGCACGUAGCACACCCUCACUGAAAAGUAAAGAUAUAGACAAACCGGGUACGCCUGUGGCAGCAGCGAGGGGAUCGCGCAGUUGUACUCCAACUAUGGCAUCAAUUCAUGGUGCCUUGGGCUCCCGGGUUUAUCAUCUGCCAUCGUCACAGCAAACACCGCCACAGGGAUAUCAGGGCUUGCCCUCCCGCGCCAAUGAACCACCACAAUCACCAUCGUCAUACAACAAUUUACCAUAUUCACGUGCAUCAUUGUUGGGUUUUGAUGGACAUUUAAGGGUACCAUCUACCAAUGGAUUAAACAACAUUACCGGUGGAAAACCUGCAUAUUCAUUUCAUACAAAUGGUGAGGGACAACUUGAACCAGUACCAUUUCCAACAGAUGCACUUGUUGGUCCAGGUAUACCACGUCAUGCACGUCAAAUAAAUACAUUAAAUCAUGGUGAAGUUGUUUGUGCAGUAACAAUAUCAAAUCCAACAAAAUAUGUAUAUACUGGUGGUAAAGGUUGUGUUAAAGUAUGGGAUAUUGGACAAUCAUCAUCAUCAUCAUCUUCAUCAUCAUCAUCAUCAUCAAAUAAUAAUAAUAAACCAGUAUCACAACUUGAUUGUUUACAACGUGAUAAUUAUAUACGUUCAGUUAAAUUAUUACCAGAUGGUAGAACAUUAAUUGUUGGUGGUGAAGCAAGUCAAUUAAGUAUAUGGGAUUUAGCAAGUCCAACACCACGUAUUAAAGCUGAAUUAACAUCAUCAGCACCAGCAUGUUAUGCAUUAGCAAUAUCACCAGAUUCAAAAGUUUGUUUUAGUUGUUGUAGUGAUGGUAAUAUUGCUGUAUGGGAUUUACAUAAUCAAUCACUUGUACGACAAUUUCAAGGACAUACUGAUGGUGCAUCAUGUAUUGAUAUAUCUGCUGAUGGAUCAAAAUUAUGGACUGGUGGUUUAGAUAAUACAAUUAGAUCAUGGGAUUUAAGAGAGGGUAGACAAUUACAACAACAUGAUUUUUCAUCACAAAUUUUUUCACUUGGUUAUUGUCCAACUGGUGAAUGGCUUGCUGUUGGUAUGGAAAAUUCAUAUGUUGAGGUAUUACAUGCAACUAAACCAGAUAAAUAUGAACUACAUUUACAUGAAUCAUGUGUAUUGUCAUUGAAAUUUGCAAGUUGUGGCAAAUGGUUUGUUUCAACUGGAAAAGAUAAUCUUCUCAAUGCGUGGCGUACACCAUACGGUGCUUCAAUAUUUCAGUCGAAAGAAUCAUCGUCGGUGCUUAGUUGUGAUGUUUCAACAGACGACAAAUACAUUGUUACUGGAUCUGGUGAUAAAAAAGCAACUGUCUACGAAGUGAAUUAUUAAAAAAAUAACAUAAUUAGUUUAUUAAAAAAAAAAACAAUUAACAGACAAAUUAAAUAAUAUAUAUUGAAUU